GCUUGGCAUCUCUGAAGCUCUGCCAGAAUCCUACUCUCGGAGACUCUGCCGCUGAAGCCUUCGCCAAAGCACUGGCAGGGAAGGACUGCUCGGUUUCCCAGCUGGACGUUUCUUUCUGCAGCCUUCGCGCUGGCUGCUCGCAGCUUCUACGCAGCUGCACCUCCCUCCGUCAACUGCGACUCUUUGGCAAUGCCGCCGGGCCUGAAGUUACCGAGGCCCUUGGGUUUGCGAUGGAGCAUGGAGCCAUUGAAGACUUGGAUCUCUCUCGCUGCCGCCUAGGUGCGAGCGCUGGUCCGGGCCUGGCUGACGCACUUCGCCGCGGUGCGGCGGCUGAGACAUCUUUGCAGGAACUUCACCUGGAUC